GGCGACCGCAGUGUUUUGUAUAGGUAGUCAUCAAAUAUCGCUCGUCGAGAGAGGGAGUGUGUAGUUUUUGGACCGGCAAGUUCAGGGUCAUUGGCAAAUUCACUUUCGUCAAAAUACGCAGUAUACGACUGCUAAAAGUGAUAUAAUCAUCAUCAACACCAGCAGUCAUGGCUUUCCGUGUUCUAUCGUUCUCUAAUAAUUUGAAGCAUACCGCUCUGAUCACUGAACUGCUGUCUAGAUCCUUUUGCAGUGGACCCAAGAAUGUUGGAUUCAUCGGUCUCGGAAAUAUGGGUGGACCCAUGGCCAGCAAUCUAAUGGCAAAGGGACAUAAACUCCACGUUUUCGACAUUUCGGCGAACGCUAAAGAUGCCUUGAAAGCCAAAGGUGCCGCCACUUACGAAAAUGUUUCGGACUUGGCCAAAGCAUCGGAUUUUGUUAUCACGAUGCUGCCCAACAACGACAUUGUGGCAAACACCUAUGACACCAUCUUGGCCGGAGGAAUCAACACCAGUACCAUGUUCGUCGAUUCCAGCACUAUCGAUCCUAAUGUGGCGAAGGCGGUUCAGAAGAAAAUAAAGGCAGCCGGUGGCACUUUUGUCGAUGCACCGGUGUCCGGUGGUGUACCUGGAGCUCAGAAUGCCACAUUGACGUUUAUGGUUGGCGGAACUCAGGAGGAAUAUGAUCGCGUCAAGGGUUUGCUAGAAGGUAUGGGCAAGAAAAUCACUCAUUGUGGAAGUUACGGAAUGGGUCAAGCUGCAAAAGUAUGUAACAAUAUGAUGCUCGGGAUCUCGAUGUGCGGACUGGCUGAGUGCAUGAACCUGGCGAUCAGACUUGGGUUGGACGCGAAAGUAUUUGCUGAUAUUAUCAAUGCAUCCACUGGUCGCUGCUGGGCCUCGGAAGUCAAUAACCCAGUGCCUGGACUGAUUCCUAACGCACCAGCAGCAAAGGAAUACGCUGGAGGUUUUGCUACUGGCUUGAUAACCAAGGAUCUAGGGAUUGCCUCUGCUGUGGCAACCACUUCAAAUACGCCAAUUCCAUUAGGAGCUCUGACUCACCAAAUCUAUCGCACACUAAUGGCCAAAGGACUGGCUAACAAAGACUUCUCCGUCGUGUACGACUUUAUUAAAAAUAACGAUAAAGCUUAGGUCGAUAUUAUAAUCAAGUGCAAGCAUUUUCUACUUUCAAAGUUACGUCUUCCAGAGCAUGCAUUUAUCAUUUUAUCCUAAUUGCGAAGGAUAAGAACAGUCGCAUUUGUUGUAUUCAGUAAAUAGAUAUAAAAAUACAUGUGCUUUCUAUGAAAAA